AUGACGCAGUAUGCAACCUUUGAUCCCAAACAGUUGUGUAACUUCAAACUCUACUUGAGAAGUGGAGAUGAUGACAUGUACUCAGAGGGCGGGGAAGGCGGGGCUGUGACAGGGACCCCGGGGGCAGCGAUCACCUCGCCUACUCGUGCAGAGACGGGCACUUUCCCGAGCAGGUCGGUCAUUCUGCGGACGGUCCCUUCCGAGGGGCCGCUGCGGCUGAAGGGGUCACUGGGCAACCUGGGUCCCCAACGGCUCCCGCGUCCCAACGGACUCCGGGAGCACUCUUGGUUUCGGAGGAGGAAUCGAGAAACGGGAGGCACCCCGAGGCUCACGGCUGCCCUAGAGAAGAGCCGUCGGGAACUGGGGCAAGAAGCUUCCAGAAUUAGGCUAAGAGGCAAGUGGGGUGAGCCAGGGUCCCCGGUCCAGAAAGAAGAAAGGCGCCCUCGGGUGCUCGGCCCCAAGAAUCGGAAGACAGAGGCCCAGGUCCCCAUCCGCAGGUCCUCACGCAACCCCGGGCGGACGCGAACCACAAAGAGAAGACUGGGAGGCUGUCAAAACUCAUGGGGGAGGGGACGCUGGCAGGACAGAGGUCGUUUCACGCGCUCUUUCCAGACGGUUCGGGGUCCUCGGGAAACACGUUGCUUCAGACCAACCUCUGUUCCCCCAGCCCCCACCGCCAAGCCAGGUGUGAGCGGAGCCCGCAGCCCCCACCACCGGGAAGCGCGUCCGGUCGGGAUCCGGAUCAGACCCUGGGAGUCCGCGCGCAGGCAGGCCCUGGCCUGGAUGGCUCCGCGCGCAGCGACCAGAAUGCGCGGCGGGGAGCUGCGGGGCCCUGGCCCCCUGACACGCACAGGCGACAGGACGGCCCUGCUGAGAGCUCUGCGGUGCAAAGCUCCCACUCAUGAAAGAGUCCCGGAAGUGGCCGCAUCGGCGAGUGAAUGAAAUUAUCCUGGCCGAAUUCUAAAGAAGGGACCCCACUCAGGGGCAUGAGCUCAGCUGUGAACCGAUUUGUUUGCGGCUCGUAGUUUCCCAUUAGUUGUAAGUUUUCAAAUGGGCCCUUUCUCACAUACACCGGCUGGGAAAAUGAUUUUUAGCAAGUAUACCCGAAGCUGACGUUAAUAUUUUGAAAAAGGAAAGGAAAGAUGAUAUUUACUUUUCAUUUUAAAAUAAGAGCAUGGAGAAGCAUGUUUUGAGGUAUUCACAAGAAAGUAAGUACUUGGCAGGCGCCCUUCAGCUUCUUGUUCUUUACGUCUCUGUGUUGUUCAGGCAGCUGGAAUCCUUUCUGAGCGGCUGGAAGCCUUCGACGUUUUUCUUACUCAUUAGAUAGCUCAAUGAAAUGUUACAAUAUUUAUUUUUGAAUAAUGAGUACGAUUUUUUGGCCUGGAGGUUUUCACAAAACAUGCCCCUUUAUCCAGUGGCGUCUGAAUGUUAACCAUGAGCAGUCUGGCCCAUCCUGUUGCUUCAAAGCUAUUCUCAGGAGGGUCCUUAUUGCUGCGGUUUCAAUCUGGACCAAGGGACCCACACAGCAUCUCACAAAAUAAUCUUGCACAGUUCAGUUGAUUCUGCUGAAGUUGAAAAGAGGUGGUCGUCCACCACCACCACCGCUGGCAGCACUGCAGCACAGCUGAAAGCAUCCUGUUUCUUUACACAGCCACGGAAGCAGUCUCAUUGCUUUAAGUAGUCAAUGUCAGCCCAAGUUCCCUGAUAUAUCUAUAUUUAAUACAAUAUUUUAAAGUCACUAUACUCUGACACAGUGCCACAUCAAAAUGAAUGUUUG